AUCUGGCCAAGAGACCCGGCGGGAAAAUGUUGCAACUGAUUCACAAGAGGUGCUCAAAGCAAUUUCUUGCUUGGUGUCUUUCCCUUUGGGAAAGACGCCCCUCCAAGUCCAGGAACACAUUCGGUGUCCACAAAGGCCUGCACACCAGCAGGGCGAUUUAUUACGGGCGUGUUGCCCCGGUCUUCGCCAGAGCAUUGGCCUUCGGGGACAAAGUCGCCAUUGUGGACCAAAAUGGAGAGCACACCUACAAAGACCUGUACGCUCAAAGCCUCCUCUUGUCCCAGAAACUCUGCCAGAUGCUGAGGUGCUCCAGCGGAGACCUGAAUGGCGAGCGGAUUUCAUUUCUGUGUCCCAACGAUGCUUCCUACGUGACCGCACAGUGGGCUACAUGGAUGAGCGGGGGCAUAGCUGUCCCUCUCUACAGAAAGCAUCCUGCUUCAGAGCUGGAGUAUUUCAUCAAGGACUCCCAGAGCGCUCUCCUUGUCAUAGAAGAAAGCUACCUGGCAAAGAUGGUGCCCACCGCAGACCGGCUUGGAGUGCCCGUGGUGCCCCUUCCACGAUCUGGGAGGUGUUCACCAGCUGAUGCGUCCUCUUUGGAAGCUAGACGUCCCAUUUUGGAGUGGAAAGACAGGGGAGCGAUGAUUGUUUACACGAGCGGCACCACUGGAAGACCCAAAGGAGUCCUCAGCACCCACCAGAACGUCCAGGCUGUGAUAACCGGGCUGGUGGAUAAAUGGCAGUGGGCCAAAGAUGACAUUAUUCUCCACGUGCUGCCUCUGCACCACGUCCAUGGAGUGGUCAACAAGCUGCUGUGCCCACUCUGGGUCGGGGCCACAUGCAUCAUGCUCCCCGAAUUCAGUGCGCAGACGGUCUGGGAGCGGUUCCUGGACCCCCAAGCCCCCAGAGUCAACGUCUUCAUGGCAGUGCCGACCAUGUAUGCUAAGCUGACGGAGUAUUACGACAAACACUUCUCGCAGCCUCACGUCCAGGAUUUUGUCCGUGCUGUUUGCCAAGAGAACAUUCGGCUGAUGGUCUCAGGGUCUGCAGCCCUUCCGGUGCCUGCCCUGGAGAGGUGGAGGAGCAUCACCGGCCACACCCUGCUGGAGAGAUACGGGAUGACAGAAGUUGGGAUGGCGCUUUCCAACCCCCUGCAUGGAGCCCGCAUCCCCGGUUCGGUAGGGACUCCACUGCCGGGGGUGAAGGUGCGCAUUGCCACGGAGAGCUCACAGCGGGAUGGCCCCACCUCCACCGUCCACGCUGAAGGUGAUGAGCAUGGCACCAAGGUGACCCCAGGCUUGGAAGGCAAAGAAGGAGAGCUCUUUGUGAAAGGGCCCACAGUCUUCCGGGAAUACUGGAACAGACCUAAGGAGACCAGAGACGCCUUUACGCCGGACGGCUGGUUCAAAACAGGUGACACGGCCGUGUACAAGGAGGGCGUCUACUGGAUCAGAGGCCGGACUUCUGUUGACAUCAUCAAAAGUGGUGGCUACAAAAUCAGCGCCCUCGAAGUUGAGCGCCAUCUGCUGGCCCACCCCAGCAUUGCUGAUGUGGCUGUGAUUGGUCCUCAGGACCCCACGUGGGGCCAGAGAGUCAGUGCUGUGGUGAAGCUCCAGGAAGGCGAGACAUUGUCUCUCAAGGAACUGAAGGAUUGGGCCAGGGAGUCCAUGCCCCCCUACACCAUUCCCUCCGAGCUGCUCCUGGUGGAGGAGAUUCCGCGGAACCAGAUGGGCAAAGUGGACAAGAAACAACUUCUCAGGCAGUUCUACUCCGCCUGAGCCAACCAGCAUUCAGCCUCCUGCUCCACAGAGCAUCAUGGGAGAGGUGCAAAGAAGGAACUCACGGGUGGAAUUCUAGCAGGAGCUUUUUUGCAUAUUAGGCCACACUCCCCUGAUGUAGCCAAUCCUCCAAGAGCUUGGCUCUUGUAAGCUCUUGGAGAAUUGGCUACAUCAGGGGGGGAGUGGCCUAAUAUGCAAAAGAGCUCCUGCUAGCAUUCCACCCCAAAAGAAUUUAUACAUGGGUACGUUCGGUCGCUCUCCUUUGCAGGAUCCUGACCACAUGCCAGUGUGAUGGCACGCCCGUGGCUCAUCAAACGCUGGCUGGGAUUGGUCUUUUUAGCCAUAAAUAAAUUCUGGUUUUCUUCUCU